AUGCAUUGGCUAACAAUUUUAGAACUGCAUUCGAUUGUAGCAUAUUUUUAUUAUACCAAAUUAUAUCACUCCUUAAACAACAUAGAAAUUGUAUUGGAAAUUGCAGAAAGUUUAAAUCAUGCUAUAUAAUUUGAAGAGGGACAUUUUCAACCUUAACCCUAAGGGAAUCAACCUUUUGAAUUUGUGGUGACUUCUAAUCAAGACCCUAAUAUCUUUAUGAGUUUAGAAGAAACAGAAAGAAGAUAAAUGAUACUUACGGAAUAAAUCAAAUCUGAAGUUGCUUAAAGAACUAGAACCAUCCGAUGUGUGCAUUAUUUUAAUGCAUUAAUGAAUCAAAUACUCAUAAUUUGGGCUUUUUACAUAGAAAUGAUAAAGGAGCCACUAGAUGCUUGCUACAAUAAUUUAGCCACUUUUCAAAGGAUGUUUUUAAUAAUAUCAUUGUAUUAAUAUUGGGAAGGGUACGUCUUAUGUUUAAUACUACUGAUAUCACUACCAUUUAUUCUAUUGAUGAUCUUAUGGAACAAGUUGAAAUAACAAAAAUAGAAUUAUGAGAAUCAGCAAAUAUUGAACGAACUCAUAACAAAAUAAAAAGCAAUCUAUAGGAAUGAUAAUGUGUAAGGGGAUCAAGAAUGUGGAAUAUGCUUACAAGCGUAUUGUAGAAAUGAAGAAUUGUUGAUUCUGCCUUGUAAUUAGUAACAUCAUUUCCAUAUGCAUUGUAUAAAGGCUUGGUUAAUUUUAAACUUUAGUUGCCCAAAGUGCAGAUCAAAGAUUAGUGAAUUUAGAAAUGCCUGA